AAAGUUGAACGGUUUAGCGAUGUCGGUUUAGGUGACUCGCCAAUUUCAUCUCGAACGCGCAAAACAAGUGCUGGUAAAAGCCAAAAAGAACAAGAACCACAUAAAUCAAUUUAUGAAGAUGCUUUAGCUGAAGAACAAGUUAAGACUGCAAGUACAACAGAAACAUUUACUCCUCCAGCUACAACGGCUGAGGUUGCGGUAAAUGAACAUGUCACCAUUUCUACAACAACGCCAAUAAACCAGACUAUAACGCUUGGUGGUGCACCAGCGGAUGCUACAUUUUGUACGAAUGCAGCGCAGACAACAUUUCAAAUUGCGCCUGGACAAAGUACUUUUAUCGUUGACAAUCCAAAUGCUACUAUAACUUUGAAUAAAAAUGCAGAUCCGUCCACAAAUGCUGCGACUGAUGUAGGUGAUGCCACAUUUAACGUGGCCGCAAAUGAUGCAAAUAAAUCAAACCGUUCAUCGACAUUAUCGAGGCAAUCGAUGGUAACAGCUAAAGAUACUUCGCAUCCGCAAGAUACAAGUCUUAUAACUGAAGAUGAAUCGUUUGAACAGCCCAUCGCUAAAAGUCAACCAAUGCCACCGCAUGCACCGAAAGCACCGACUGCACUUAAAUUACAUACACAAACUAAGGUGCCACUCUCCGCUAAAGGGUACAAAGUACCAUCACGCACCAAUGAACUCUUCAAUCCACUUGUACAAAGUCCUGUAAAAAAGAAGGUUGAGGCAUUCGAGCAUGCUUUACAGGCUGCUACCAUUGAACAAUCGAAAACUGGUACUUUGCGUCCAAAGCGGUUAAAGGAAACUUCAACGACCCACACAACACCUGUAAUUGGUGGUAAAAUUUAUGCUCCAGCUAUAGGAAAAUUUCUUACACCAACACAAUCAUCGACAGUUACACCGAAUAUUGGACAAAUGCGUAAGCUACCAAACAGCACUUCAAAAACUAUUGGAUUUCCUAAAACAAAUUUAAAACCAACUACUUCUGCAUCUGCCAAGGCACUUUCACGCGAUAAUACCAGUGACGACCUGCGUAAAGGUCUUAGCCAACAAGCCGAAGAGCGCAAGAAACUACGUGAGCAGAAACAUGUACUUGCCGCACAGCAACGCGAAAUGAGAGAAAAAGAACGUACUGAACGUAUGGCUAAGCAAGCUAAGGAACGUGAGGAGAAACGUAUUAAGAAACAACUUGAAAUUGAGAAGAAGAAACGUGAACAAGAGGAUAUACAACUUAAGCUACGUCAACAGGAAGAAGCCGCAGCUGAGGCAGCUGCCAUGAAGCAACGGGUCGCAAAAGCUAAAGCUAUUGCCGAACAGGAGCAAGAACACUUAGCACAAAUUGAAAAAGCCAAACAGGGCACGCUGAGCAAGAAGAAAAUGAUGCCUCCACCAAAUCCCAAACCAGAAGUAAAAUCGUCAUACACAUUUGAUAUGUUACAUGAAGAUGAUUCAACAGAUGAUGAGGACAAAGUUUCUUAUAAGCGACCACCACCACCAGAAUGGAGCAAAAGUACAACUCGUGGUCCUGCCAUUCGUAUGCAAGAACAUUGCUGGUCUGAAAUUAUUGAUAACAUGUUUUCAGUCGAACCAGUUACGGUUAACUUAAAGGAAAUCUUUCCAAACAUUUCGUCUCAGCACUUAAAACGUAAUUCCAGUGUAAUGUGGUCAACUCCUCCACGUUACUCAGAGUUACCAAAAUAUUAA